GUCACAGCAUCUGGACUUUGUGCUCUGUCUUUAUGGGAAGGUCUUAAGUGUUUGCUCAAACUAUGACUUGGAAUUUGAGCUGGAUUUUAAAUAUUCCAUACGGCAGAUCUUAAAUUGCAUUCAACACAAAAGGUGUGUGCGUGAGGAUGUUCCGGAGCGACAGUUCACUGGCGAAUGACACCAGCAGUUAUGCCGGAUCCGUCCUGUCCAAUGGCAACUCGGUCACAGACGAGGUGUCAUCGCAGGUGUCAUGUAUGUCGAGGCCCAGUGCAAGGUCGAUAUACAUGCGAAGGAAGGAGUACGCCGCCUCCGUGACCAAGACCAUAAAGUAUUUCCAUUACAGAGUGGAGCAUCUCCUCACAUGCGACCUGGAUGGCAAGGAGCUGCGAGGCCUCGCAGACUGUGUGGACAGGCUCAAUCUGCUCGACAAGAUGAGCCGAGUAUGGGGCCAGAACAUGCUGCUGGAGGUCAAAGAGCCUGACCUGCUGCUCACCGACAUAGAGACCAAGGAGGUGCUGGAGUCUAUUCAUCUAGGUGACAUCGUGGAGCUGAAGGCUGUGUUGGACACAUCUGCUUCAAACUCACUCCUGGCAAUGACGGUCAAAGCAAACAAGAAACACAUGACAAGUGUCUUCCUGUUCCACUGCGAAGAUGUCAGGGCUGACUACGUCCAAAGGGGUAUUUCAAAAGCACGUUUAAGUGCAUUACAUGAAGAACCUGAAACCCAAAGUAAAAUUGAACCCAAAGAGCAAACUCCCGAGUGGGCCCCUCCUGAUUACAAUGAGGACACUCACCUGGUUAUAGCUCGGAAGGAUGUUGAUGACCAGGAGGAGGAAGAGGAGCUCAAGGACGAGGAGGAGCUGAAGGAAGAGGAGGAGGAGAUGGCCUCCAUCAUAGUUGAACCUUUGCGACCUCCAAGACCUUACAGAGAGUUGGACAGAAAUGUGGACAUCUUGAAUCACAUCAUCAGUGACAUUGAGAUCUUCAUGGGAAAGGUGGCCGCCUUUGCGGUGAAAAAUGCAAAGAAAAAAAAGAAAAAGAAAAAAGGAAACGCCAUGUCCGGCAUGCCCCCAACGGAAGAGUUCGUAGAGUGUCUCCAGAAGAUUAAAUAUGGGUUCAACCUUCUAGUGGAGCUGAAGGAAAAGAUUGCUAACCCCAGUGUGUCUGAAUUUGUGCACUCCUUCUUCUCUGCAUUAGCAUUUAUUGUAAGUCAUUGCUCUGAGGGCGUUCCCUCGAGUAUCGUGGCGCCUUUGCUGACACCUCAGUGUAUCUGCCUCAUGAGUGAGGAGGCGACGGCAGAGGAGGACCAGCUGUGGCAGUCUUUGGGAGAUGCGUGGAAUAUCCCAAGCACCAAAUGGCCUGAGGAUGACGAAGACAUCCCAACAUACACGCUGGAGUUCUUUGAUGGCUGGCAGCCUCCCGAGCUGACGGAGGCCCCUGUAGCUGCCAGUCUGACCCCAAUGAAGCCGCAACAGGUUCCACGGCAGCCUCCCGAGCUUAUGGAGGCCCCUGCAACUUCCAGUGUGAUCCCAAUGAAGCCGCAACAGGUUCCACGACCCCCGUCCAGUCAGACAAGCACAGAGGAGACAGCGUCACCUCCUGCACCAGUACAACAGUUUGUGAGGAUACCAGCGAGGCUGCCAGAGAAGAAGCUGCGUCGCAUGCGUGUCACGCACGACUUCAUCUCCCGGAAUAACAGAGAGCUGACCAUCAGGAAAGGCGAAGUCGUGGAGCUGCUGGACGUUUCCAAGCUGUGGUGGAAAGUGAGGAACAGUGAAGGAGAAGAAGGAUUCGUCCCCAACAACGUCCUCACGGAAAAUGAAAACAAAGCUGACGACGUGCCCAUUGAAAGCAUUCCUGUCUUAAGCAAGAAGUCCAAACCACCCGAGGUGAAAGCCUGGCUUGAGCACAUGGGCUUCACCAAGAUCACGGUGCGCUGUCUGGCCGUGCUGAGCGGCUCCAUGCUACUGAGCAUGACCCGAGAGGAACUGAAGACGGUGUGUCCGGAAGAAGGCGGGAGGGUCUUCUUCCAAUUACAAGCAGUCCGCUCCGCCUCCUUGACUUAGGCAGCAAACUGAAUUGGAGAGUUGUCAUGGACGAAAACAUCACCAGAUCGCGGUCUACCUUCAGCUCACAGUAGAGAAACCUCUAUCAUUUUCACAUUGGCACUUUUGACAUUAAAUAUGUCACUGCACACGUAACACAACGCUGGGCAUUUUAUAUUUUAAAUUACUUUGUUUACAAUGAUGAUGCUAUCCUAUGAAUUAAUUCUGUAAUUUUAUUACUUUGCAGUAGUGUUCUACUACAGUACUGCCCAUAGUCCUCUAAUACUGCAAUAAGAGCAAAAUAUUACCUUAAGAGUAUGAAAGUAUUCAACCUCCAACUCCAUUAAUGGAAACAUCUUACGGGUAUAAGUUGAGUUUAAAAUUCCAAUUUACAUUGGAUACCUGACAGAAAAUAAAUGUCAUUUAAAUCUGACAUCAUGGUUAUAAAUCCUUCCUUUUUACAUUUUACUCAGUUGUGCUCAAUAUAAAGUGGAACAGCAAAUAUUUUGUCUGAAUCACAUACAUAACACGUAACAAAAUAAAUCCCCUCACAAUAUUUAUGAACACGUAUUGUAAUCAAGCACUGCAGUCAAGUUAAGAAAUAAGCUAAUGCUAGCGUUAGCGAGAAGCUAACGAAUGUAUUUAACACAUUGUGUUCCCCAAGAAUAAAACAGCACCUCCGAUGCAAUUCAUCUGAUACAACUAGCCAAAAUACAUUCACAAGUGAAAACAUAGAGCGCACAGCACUACAAUCAGCAGAAAUACUUAUGCUAAUGCUAUGAAAACGAGGGCAUCAUAGACAUGCAAUAAUAUGAAAGUGAAAUACAGUUUAUUAUUUUUGUGUCAUCUCAAACUUACCAC